UUGAUAUAUUUAUUUUUAUGUGUCAUUUCAGGCUUGAAAUCAUGAGUCUGUUGGUGUCUGCAAGUGUGGUUCUGCCGAUUUCAGGCCUGAUUUCCAGGCAUGAAGCAGAUUCCUCGUCUUCAGACAGUGAAAACAGUCCUUUCAAGUUAAAGAAGUUUUAUGCCUCGCCCAUCAGCUUGCAUCAGCAUCAUCAGGCGUCGCAUCAGCACAAAUUUGCGAAACGAUUCUCUGCCAAUAAUACUGGGCCAAAGUCUGAACACAUCGUUAAGGUUGUGCGGGAAGCAACACCAGAACAGGAACACAAGCGAGUCGGGCUGCCUCGGACCGGAAGUAACGAGGAAUCCUCUGUAAUGAGCUCGGAUGACCUCGACCUUGGUCCAGGCGACGACUCCGAAAUGGACUCGGAUUUGGAGCAGCAUCUCCAACAGCGCUGCUUCGCCACGAGUCCGGGUUCUUCCCUGGUGGAUGAUGAUGAUGAAGAUGAUGAUGGUGAAGAAGAAGAAGGAGAAGAAAGAGAAGAGGAAGAAGAUGAAGAGGCCAGUGAUCCCGAAGGUGUUGAUGCGGACUUUACUUGGGUACAUCAUUCCAGACCCCUGCUUGAAGGGGUUGAUGGAGAGCCGACGGGUUACAAAGCACAGGCUCCACUCUCGAAUGCUCCGGAACUUCUCAAGGUUGUGGCUACUGUUGACGUGUGUGAAGCCAUUCUCAAUGAACUCUGGUGA